CAUCAAGAUAAACCUUUAUAAAUACACACCUUCAGACUGAGCCUUUGUUAGUUGUGCCAUAAUCUUCAAAACACUUUCUCCGACGAUGUUUCUCGAAUCUGUGAUUAGAUUCUCCCAGUUGAUCGGCGAAUCCGUCAUUAUGGCCUCCGUCGUCGUCUUAUCUCUCCGUCUCUUCCUUAGAUUGGCGUGUUUCCUCGCCAGCCGUCCGUGGCGCCGCUACCGUACAUUCACCAUUCGCCGCCGGAGAUGGGGGAAGAGAACGGCGGAGGAAGAUGACUCAUCGCCGUACUGUUCUAUUUGUCUUCAAGAUGCGGCGGAGGGAGAGAAGAUGAGGCGGUUAACGGCGUGCAGCCACUGUUUCCACGCCGACUGCAUCGACCCGUGGCUGGAGAAACGGUCCACGUGUCCUCUGUGCAGAGCUCAAGUCCCGCCGGUGCCGACGGGAAACCCCCUGCUUGCGUUGAUUGUUCCUCCCGGCGUGAUUGAGUUAUUCACGAAAGGAACCUUUUCCUCCGAUGCGUAGGCUUUUAGCUAUUUAGUCGUCAUUACAUUUGUUCUUUAAUUAAUUAAAAGGCUUAAUUAAACUUAAGUUUAUCGAUAUUUUAUCACAUCUGUCGGCAAUAUCAUCUUUAGAAACCAUGGGGUGGUGGACUAAUGGUGUUGAGACAGUUUCCCCGCCAAUACGGACCCUGCUA